UUUCAGCUUCAUUUUGUACCAGUAAAAAAAGAGUGGCGUUGAAAUAGAAGAAGACAACGCGUCUUCCUCUUCGAUCUGUUCCUUCCUCAGCUCAAAUCUUGGAAGCAACAUAAAUAAUCUCCCACCGUGUCUGCUCACCAACUCGGAAACUCCUCCUCAAGGAGUAGAAACUUCUCCUCCUCCUUGAGACUUUCUUGGUUCUGUGAUAAUUAAGUUGGUUGCAGAGGCGAACAAGUUCUCUUUGACACCCGAGAAGAGCACUGUCGAGUUCUUCAGAAAUUUCUCAUCUUACAAAUAAAGGUUUUAUUCUUUCAAAUUUGAUCCGGGGAAUCCUUUCUUUCACAAGAGAAAGGUUUAUUUUACAGAAUCGAUUGUUAAAAUGCCAGAUAUUCAGUUAGGAGGUCACUCAUUGAGAUCCCAUGGGGCUAAACUUGCAAGGUUCCACAUGCAUGACUGGGUCAUCCUCAUCCUCCUCGCGAUAGUAGAUGGAUGUCUAAACCUCAUCGAACCUUUCCAUCGGUUCGUGGCACAAGACAUGAUGACAGAUUUUAUGUACCCAUUGAAGAAGAACACAGUGCCGUUUUGGGCUGUUCCUAUACUCGCAGUUCUGUUACCUUUCUCAAUUAUUCUAGCAAUCUACUUCAGAAGGAGGAAUGUUUUUGAUCUGCACAAUGCCAUAUUAGGAUUGCUUUUCUCGGUGCUCAUAACCGGAGUUAUAACUGAUGCGAUCAAGGACGCUGUUGGUCGACCGAGGCCAGACUUCUACUGGCGUUGCUUUCCCGAUGGGGUUCCUAACUAUGAACCCAACACCACUCGGGCAAUAUGCCAUGGCGAGAAAAGUGUCAUCAGAGAAGGGCACAAGAGUUUUCCGAGUGGGCACUCCUCGUGGUCUUUCGCGGGUCUCGGUUUCCUAUCAUGGUACCUGGCGGGAAAGCUCAAGGCUUUUGAUGGCAGAGGCCAUGUUGCAAAGCUGUGCAUAGUGUUUCUUCCUCUGCUCGCCGCAGCACUCGUGGCGAUUUCCAGAGUGGAUGACUAUUGGCAUCAUUGGCAAGACGUAUUUACAGGAGGUUUCCUAGGAUUGGUGGUGGCUUCAUUUUGUUACCUGCAAUUUUUCCCUCCCCCGUACGACCUACAAGGUUGGUUGCCCCAUGCGUACUUGCAGGCAGUGUCUGAUGCCAGGGACAAUGUGCCAUUGCAGCCAUUUGCUGCAAGCUCCUUGCGCACGAGGCCUUCGGAGGUUGAAAGUGUAGCUGUUGCAUCUGGACAUCAGGAUGGGAGAUAUGCGAGAAACACAAGCACAAUUCUCGACUCCAUGGAAGCUGGGAGGAGAAAUGGACCCUGAAUCUGGAUGUAGAAUGGAUUUUGAAGUCUGAAGAUUAGGUAGCUUGUUCUUAGCCGUCAAUCAUGCUUGCUUGUGGAAUAUUUUGUUCUAUAAUUCCUAUUCUUGCUUUUUGCUAAUAUUUAGUCUGAACAGUGAGCACUGUAUUGAACAGAAUUGCUAUAGUAUUAGAAAUGAUGCAUUUCCAACGUU